AUGAUUCCAUCUCCCGCUGUCCCUAGACCACUACACAGUCCAGUUUCUCACGGCCAUGGAGACUUUAGGGCAAAGCUCCAUAGCUUCAAACUAACGAACGACCCGAUCUGCGCCUGCGAUAGGAAGCCAGAGACGGCCAAGCACAUACUACGAUUUUUCCCAAGAACUAGACGAGCCAGGCAAAAACUGAAACAGGUCUUAUGGGAAGAAGACGUACCAUGGCCACCAGGAAACGGAGCUUUCCUCAGAACUAAAAGGACUUACGAUGCACUGGUUACGUUCGCAAGAGAGGCACUGACGAACCAGACUGACCGAUAA